GAGGAGAUCGUGCAGACGCGGAAGCCGCGAUGCGGGAGCCGAAAUGCUGGUUGUGUCUGGUGGUCACCGGGCUGGUGCCGGUGGUGGUCUCGGUCAAGUCGACCCUUGCAACUCCGCGCCGGUACACCGCUGACUGGGUGAGCCUGGACACCCGGCCCCUGCCGAGCUGGUUCGAUGAAGCCAAGUUCGGGGUGUUCGUGCACUGGGGCGUGUUCUCGGUGCCGGCGUGGGGCAGCGAGUGGUUCUGGUGGCACUGGCAGGGCCAGCCGCAGGCCGGCUACGAGCAGUUCAUGCGCCGGCACUACCCGCCCGGCUUCUCCUACGCGGACUUCGGGCCGCAGUUCACCGCGCGCUUCUUCCGCCCGGAGCAGUGGGCCGACCUGUUUGAGGCCUCGGGGGCCAAGUAUGUGGUCCUGACGACAAAGCAUCAUGAAGGCUUCACAAACUGGCCAAGUCCCACAUCUUGGAACUGGAACUCAAAGGACGUGGGUCCCCAUCGUGAUUUGGUUGGUGAGUUAGGAGCAGCUCUCCGGGAGAGGAACAUCCGCUAUGGCCUCUAUCACUCACUCAUGGAAUGGUUUCAUCCACUGUACGUCAUUGAUAAGAAAAACAGCCUCAAAACCCAGCAUUUUGUCAAUACAAAGACAAUGCCAGAGCUGUACCACCUCGUGAACAGCUACAGGCCUGAUCUGAUCUGGUCUGACGGGGACUGGGAAUGCCCAGACACUUACUGGAACUCCACAAGUUUUCUUGCCUGGCUCUACAAUGACAGUCCCAUCAAGGAUGAGGUGGUGGUGAAUGACAGAUGGGGCCAGGGCUGCUCCUGCCAUCAUGGUGGAUACUUCAACUGUCAAGAUAAGUACAAGCCUGAGAAGUUGCCAGAUCACAAGUGGGAGAUGUGUACAAGCAUCGACAGAAAGUCCUGGGGUUACCGAUGUGACAUGCUCCUGUCUGACAUCUUACCUGCCUUUGAGAUCAUUAAGGAACUGGUUAAGACAGUAAGCUUGGGAGGCAACUACCUGCUCAACAUCGGACCCACUCGUGAGGGACUGAUUGACCCUAUCUUCCAAGAAAGGCUUCUGACUAUUGGCAAGUGGCUGAAUGUCAGUGGUGAGGCCAUCUACUCCACCAGACCAUGGAGGGUCCAAAUGGAGAAGGACAAGAGGACUGUGUGGUAUACCUCCAAAGGGUCAACUGUUUAUGCCAUUUUUAUGCAUUGGCCAGAACAUGGAAUCUUGAAGAUUAAAUCCCCCAAAACUACUGAAAGUACAAAGAUAAUGAUGCUGGGAAUGCAUGGCAAUCUGAAAUGGUCCAAAGACUCUAAAGACAGUCUCCUCAUCACUCUACCCUCACUGCCCCCCUCGGGUCUCCCAGUGAAGUUUGCUUGGACGGUGAAGAUGACCAAUGUGAAGUGAUGGUUGGCGUACCAGGCAGGACCAGGGGCCCCUGAUAACUGGGCACUGCUUUGAGUUUCUCUUGUAGUGCCAUCUUUGAAUAAAGUUAACUUCUCUUCCCCACCCAUAGGGGGAUCUUCCCACACAUUUUAAUCAAAGAAUGGAAUACAGUCUAUUGAUCACUAAGGUAUGGGAGAUCUGAGAUCCAGGUGUGGAGGCGUGGCCCAGGUGGUCGAGCAUUCGCCCACCAUUACAGCCUCUCAAAGAAAUAAUAAAUGAAUAAAAAUUU